AUGACGAAACGCGAUAAUUUUCCGCUUCCACUGAUCGAAGAUCAGCUGGAUUUAUUGGAAGGAAAAAAAUAUUUUACGAUAUUGGAUCUCAGAGACGGAUUCUUUCACGUGAGAAUGCACGAAGAAUCAAUAAAAUACACCUUGUUUAUCACACCGUUCGGGCAGUACAAGUACUUGAAAAUGCCCUUCGGGUUAAAAAGUGUCCCUCUCAAGUUUCAACGUUAUAUUACGCAAAUAUUCAGAGAACAGAUCAACGCGGGAAAGAUAUUCGUUUACUUAGAUGAUUUUCUGAAUGCCACCAAAACGAUCGAGCAUCACUUCCAAAUAUUAAGCGAAGGUUUUAGAGAGCGUCCCAAAUGCGCACAUCGACCGUUGCGAAUUAUCUCCGAUCGAGGUAGCUGCUUUACGUCUCGAGAGUUCGAGGAAUUUUUGAAAGACGGAAAUAUUAAACAUGUAAAAAUUGCUACCGCCUCACACCAAGCGAAUGGUCAGGUAGAAAGAUACAACCGUACGAUAUUACCGAUGAUAGCGAAAUUAGCCGACGAAAGAAGCACGCAUUGGUAUAAUGUCAUCAAAGAUGUAGAAUUUGCCUGCAACAAUACCACAUCGAAGGCCACGAAUGUAUGUCCAAGUAUGUUACUCUUUGAUCUGCAUCAGCGAGGAAACGCGAUCAAUGGUUUGCGAGACGCAUUCGACGCCAUCGGACAAACGAAACCGCUCCGCGAUUUAACGAAUUUACGAAAGCAAGCUAGCGAGCGAAUUAAGGAAAGCCAGAACGCUAACAAACGCGACUACGAUCGGAAGCAUAAGGCCGCGGAAAAGUACGAGGUAGGAGACAAGGUUAUGAUCCGGAAUUUUAAUAACACGGCCGGAGUUUCGCCAAAAAUGAUACCGCGAUUUAAAGGGCCUUACCAAGUAAGCCGCGUUUUGAGAAACGAUCGUUACGUAAUCAUGGACAUUGAGGGAUUUCAAUUGUCACAAACGCCGUAUCACGGGAUUUGGGAAGCAUCAAACAUGCGAUUGUGGAAACCGGCGCAAACAGAGUAA